AUGCCUCCCACUACCGCGGCCCCGGGACACAUUGGCAAUCUAACUGUCGAGCAGCAAGAGAAGCUCCGCCAACUAUGGAACGAGAUCUUCAAGCUCUGUGGCGUCGCAGACCCCGAAGAGGAUCCCGAGUCGCCCCAGAAGAAGCGGUUCAGCCUGUUCCGGCGCAAGAAUGCUGAGAGCAGUCCGACGUCCAAUGGCUCCGCACCCGAGGCCAAGGACGGAACGGACAGCAACGACAAGCACGGCCAGACAAAGCAGUUCCAAAAGACGCUCGAGAGCCAGACUCCUGAGUCGAUCCGCGAGACUAUUUGGUCCAUGGUCAAGCAGGACAACCCCGAUGCACUCGUGCUGCGAUUUCUCCGAGCUCGCAAGUGGGAUGUGCAACAGGCGCUUGUUAUGCUUGUGUCCGCCAUGCACUGGAGGCACACUGAGAUGCAUGUCGACUCAGACAUCAUGAAGAACGGCGAGGCCGGUGCCGUGCAGGACGAGCAAACCGGCAGCGCCGAGGCUAAAAAGCUCGCCAGCGACUUCAUGGCCCAGUCCCGCCAAGGCAAGAGCUUUCUGCACGGGUUAGACAAGGAGGGGCGCCCCAUCUGCGUGGUUCGGGCUCGACUGCACAAGCCCAGCGCCCAGUCUGCCGAGAGCUUGGAGCGGUACACGGUCUUCAUCAUCGAAACGGCUCGCCUGGCCCUCGAGCCCCCCGUCGACACAGCGACAAUCAUCUUCGACAUGACUGGCUUCUCAUUGGCCAACAUGGACUACCAUCCCGUAAAGUUCAUGAUCCAGUGCUUCGAGGCCAACUACCCCGAGUCCCUAGGUGCGAUUCUCGUCCACAAUGCGCCGUGGGUAUUUCAAGGAAUCUGGAGGAUAAUCCGUGGCUGGCUUGACCCUGUUGUGGCCGCCAAGGUCCACUUCACCAAUUACAAGGCCGGACUAGAAGAGUUUAUCGAACCGAGCCGCAUCAUCAAGGAACUCGAGGGCGAAGAGGACUGGGAGUACAAGUACGAGGAGCCCGUUGAGGGUGAAAAUGACAUGAUGAAGGACACAGAGACGAGGGACCGACUACUCGGGGCGAGGGCGGAGCUGUACAAGCAGUUCGAGGCCGAGACCCGGACGUGGAUCCGUGCUGCCGACUCGGAGGAGGGCAAGCAGGCCAAGGCGCAGAGGGACAAGAUCGCGGAACAGAUGCGCGUGGGCUACUGGGAGCUUGACCCUUACCUGCGCUCCCGGUCUCUUUACGACAGACAAGGCAUCAUUCUGCCGGGAGGCAGAGUCAACUGGUACAAAUGGGGAGACAGGAAGGAAACGGCGCCGCAGACCAACGGCACCGCAGGCGAUGCAUCGGCCUCGAUGGAGAGGGAGGCAUGA